AUGAUGCUGGCGUUUGGAAGUCCGUGUAGCAGUAUUCACACAAGCAGUAGUUACAAUGCUUUACUCAAGGAACUUCAGAAAAUAUGGACUGAAAUUGGUGAGUCUCAAGCUGAUAAAGACCGCAUGCUGUUGGAGCUUGAGCAAGAGUGCUUAGAAAUUUACAGAAGAAAGGUUGAUGAGGCUGCCACUGCCAAGGUUCAUCUUCAUCAAUCUGUUGCCGCCAAGGAAGCUGAGCUUGCAAUGCUCAUGGCUACUCUUGGAGAGAUCCAUGUUAAUUCACCGAUCCAGUCGGAGAGGAAAGCAAGAUCUUUGAAAGAUCAGUGGUCCUCUGUCGCCGCAAUUGUAGAGGACUUGACACUUAAGAAACAGGAAUUGAUGAAACAAUUUUCAGAUAUAAAGGCACAGAUUGAGAAGAUCACUGGUGAGAUUUCAGGACAUGGCCAUUUUGUCAAUGCUAUAAAUGCCUUGACUCUCGAUGAACAAGAUUUAUCACAAAGAAAGCUUACAGAGUACCAGACAAAUCUUCAAGCUCUUCAAAAGGAGAAGUCUGAACGCCUCCAGAAAGUCCUGGAUUAUGUCAAUGAAGUGCACUCCUUAUGUGCUGUACUGGGUUUGGACUUCACAAAAACUGUGAAUGAUGUGCAUCCUAGCUUAAAUGUAACAAACAUGGAACAGUCCAGAAAUAUCAGUGACAGCACAUUAGAGGGUCUAAAUCAGGUCAUCAUGAGGUUAAAAACUGAGAAGAAAUUUCGAUAUCAGAAGCUGAAAGAUGUUGCUGGGUCACUCUUUGACCUCUGGAAUUUAAUGGACGCAACAAAAGAAGAGAAGAUUAAGUUCUUGAGAAUUACUUCGAUUCUUGAUUUGACAGAAUCAGCAAUUGUGGAACCAGGUUCUCUUUCAAUGGAGAUUAUUGAACAGGCAUCAGCGGAGGUUGAGAGGCUAACUAAACUUAAAGCAAGCAGGAUGAAAGAACUUGUCAUGAAGAAGAGGUCAGAGUUAGAGUAUAUAUGCUGCAAAAACCAUAUUCAACCUGAUUCAAGCACGGCUGCUGAUAAAACUAAUGCUAUGAUAGACUCUGGUCUUGUGAGUCCUUGUGAGCUCUUGACAAACAUUGAAGCACAAAUAGAAAAAGCAAAAAAUGAAGCUUUGAGCCGUAAAGAGAUAAUGGAUAGGAUAUACCGUUGGCUUUCUGCCUGUGAUGAGGAAAAUUGGCUUGAAAAUUAUAAUCGAGAUGAGAACCGUUACAGUGCUGGAAGAGGCACACACAUAAACCUAAAGCGUGCAGAACGAGCUCGAAUUACCAUAAAUAAGAUUCCAGCAAUGGUUGAUAAUCUGAUUAGCAAGACACUAGCAUGGGAGGAUGAGCAAAAGAAACUGUUUCUUUAUGAUGGCGUGCGUUUGGUUUCAAUUUUGGAGGAGUACAAGCUAACCAGACUGCAAAAAGAACAGGAAAAAAAGCGAGCUAGAGAUCAAAAGAAACUCCAUGAUAUGCUACUUGCUGAAAAAGAAGCCAUGUACGGUUCUAAACCAAGUCCAAGGAGAAGCAACGGCUUCAGAAAGACAAAUGAUUACCAUGUCAAUGGAAAUGGAUCGGUGACUCCCUCACCCCGUCGAAUGUCGUUGGGAAGUGCAACUCCAGAGCUCUCAACACCCCGCUCCUAUUCUGGGCGCCAAAAUACGUACUUUAAGGAAAUGAGAAGGCUUUCUACUGCGCCCCUCAACUUUGUGGCGAUAGCAAAAGAAGAUACCAUGUCAUUUUCAUCUGUUUGUGGUUCCGAGCCUGAGUCUCCGCCUCAGAACCAAUAG